AACAGCUUCAGCCCUGUGGAUGAGGAGCCCAUGUCUGAAGGUGCACCUCCUUCCUUUCCAACACACAUCCCUGUUAGGAUUUCUCUUGCAGUGUGGGAAAGUGAAGAGGUGCCUAAGGGGGAAAGGUGAAUGAAGGUGACCAGCAGAAGGCAAGAGAGGUCUUUGAUCCAAAAGAUGCAGAUCUGAGACCCAUCCUGUUGGACCAGCAGAGGAAUGUCCCCUCUGCUGAUGUGUGCGUGUCCCUUGACUCCUCGGCUCAGCACUCCUUGAUGAGGGAGAUCCCUUUCAUGCACGUGGCUGGCAGAUCAAGUGCCCAGAAUCGCAGACGACUGGUACUGUAAUGGGAGUGUGGGGGCUUGUAUGUGUUGGCAAAGGGAGCACGUUCCUAGUGGCUGGCGUGCUCUGGACGUCCAGGAUCAUCUCACUGUGCUGGGGCUUGUGCAAUGCCCCCACCACUGGGGGCUCUUCAUGGGGCACAGGUCUGGCUCUGCCUAAGUUGAGCAUGGUGGUGAUGCGCUGAUGGUUGGACUGGAUGAUCUUAGUGGUCUUUUCCAACCUUAAUGAUUCAUUGACUCUAAUGCGUCUGUGUUUGAUGCCAACAGGGCCAACACAGCAGCAGGUCACGGCGGCAGAGCCAGCACAGCAGUGUGUCACGGCGGUCCCCAGGUGACAGUGUGCAGCUGGUCUUGCCCAACCCAGCCCGACACCAUGAGCGGUAAGCAUGGACCUGGAGUGGUGCAGGGUGGGUAGGGACCAGCAUCUAUCGGGUCUUUGAUGCUUGUGUUGGUGCCCCAAGAUGGGGAGGAAUCCAAAUCGGGGUUUAGCUCUAGUCUUGUAUGGAACUAGUUAAGAGGAAAGUGUCCUUUGGUGUCGGUAAGGAGAGGUUUGCUGCCACCUGAGACACGUGGGACAGCAUGUCCCCACUUGGAGCUUGGUGGCAGUGCUGUGAGUCCUUGCCUGUCUGUUGGGUUUGCAGCCAGGGUGAGCAAAGAGCACACGUGCUUUUUGUGAGCAGUGAUGUGGAUGACAUCCUUUCCAGUGGAGAAAAUCCUUGAGCUUAAUAAUCCCAGAGCAGAGCCAUCUUCUGCCUAGAAGAAAGCCUGUCCUGGGUUGGCAGAGAGGUGUGAUUGUCACACUGUCAUUGCUGCCUUUGGAGGAUCCAAGUGACAGAACCUGGGCUGCUGGUGGAGCUCCUCUCACCUGGUGACACAGAGGUCUGGGUGUUGUUGGCACUGCCCUGUCAUGCUCUGAGCUGCUGGAGGGAUACGGGGCCUGUGAUUGUGCUAUGCAAGGCUAGGCAGUAACCAGUGUGGUUCUGUGUGCAUCCCAGGCUGGACACCUGCCCCCCACCUGCUCACAGUGCCCCACUUCCCCUCCUUGCUGGGACAGGCAGGAUCUACUCCAUGCAGAACAUCUUCCAGACCAUGUACCUGCUGGGCCAGGUGCUCUUCCACCGUGUCCAGAACUCUCUGCAAGACCCGGUGCCAUCCAGGUGAUGCUGGCUUGUCCUGAGCCACCUCCCUGCUGCUCUACACAGACCUAGCUUUGCCUUGCUAAGGUGGGAGCCAGCCUUGAGCUUUCUAACCUCAUAGGAGAUGACUGCUCCAGUCCCUCCUUCUUACUUAUACUGCCAGCUCUGGGUGCCUCCUGCUUGGUUUUGUGCCACCCAAGCGAUCUAACACCUCCUGUGAUACAACUGGGUUUCAGCAGCUCUUUGGCACUACUCUUUCUGCAUGUCUUGAUAGCGUGAUGGAGAGAAAUGUGAGAAGGGAAUCAAAACCCUGCACAGAUGGCCCAGUCCUGAUCCUGUCCCACAUCCUCACAAUGUGCAUGACCAUCUCUUGGUUGCUCUUCAGUAACCUUUUCAUAGAACCAUUGACUAACGCUGUGUUGGAAGGGACCAGUAAGGAUCCUCUAAUCCAAAUCCUGGCUCCAUACAGAAGCACCCAAAGAUCAUAGUAUCACCGAAUCUCCAAGGUUGAAUUGUCAGAAUGCUUCUAAUUCUCCUUGAGCAAAACCUCCAGGCAGAUGGGGAGGAGGGGGAGCAUCCAUCAUCCAUGCCGCCUUGGCACAUGGUACCUUCCCUCCCCAGCUGGAGCGGGGUUGUUGUGCACAUCAACCUCCUCCUGUCUGACAUGGAGGAGUUUUAGCCAUGAUUCUGUGAAGGAGGGAACUUGAGAAAGUGGGGUGAGUCCUGAGUUCUUCCCAGUUCUCCAUCUCCCUUUGGAGCCAGGCAACUUGGAACGCCUGUUCUUGAUACUGUGCAUCAUUUCAGAUGCAUGCAUUCUUUUUGUACCACCCACAACAAUAAAGAAGUGACUGAGCUGACUUGUUUAUCCUGAAAUUUUAAUAAAGAAAGCUCUGGCCUUGGAGAGAGGCUGGAAUAUUUCCAUGGCAGUGACCUCUUGAAGGGUAUGAGUCAUCAGAGGUAAUUUCUGUUCUCUACUGUAAAGGGUGUUCGCUUGUGUCAAUGGGGAUUUUUCAAGUGAAAGCUGCAGGAAAUGUCCAAUUUUAACAGCCUUGUACUGGGUGAAAUUGGAUAUUCUUUCCGUUGUGACUUUUGUAUUUACCACAGCUGCAUUGUGUGGAUGUGUUAUCUCAUGAAUGUGUUUUCAGGCCAAUUGCUUGAAUGUCAGGAGUGAGUUCCUCCCUUCCUGAGGUCCCCAGAGGAAUUGGGGACAGAGGAACUCUCCAUUUGGGCACUGGCUGUGGGACUUGCUCUAAUGAUGGUUUAUCCAAUCCUUAGUGGAUUCCUCUGGCUGUAGGAAAUGGACUCUGGGUAAAUAUGUUUUCUCUCUGUUUGGGUCUCUAAAGAAACAUAAGCACGUGGUUUUCCUGUUGCCUGUUGUAAGCAUGUGUUGAGUGCUUUGCUGUGAUCACUGCGGGCUGCAUGGUGGAGGUAUAGGCAUGGUGGGAGUAAGAAGUUGGUAGAUGCUGUGUUGGGCGCUGUUUCCUCUCUCCCAAUGCUGCAUGCUGACAGCAUAACCUGGGUGUGCACAGUGCUGCAUGGCUGGGCUCCCCACAGCAAUGCCAUGUGUGUGGGAGGGGAAUUGCAGCUCCUGAACACUGUGCAUCUCUGUUUUCCUCCCGCAGCUCCCAGGAGGUUGGCGCAGCACCGGAGGAGGUUGUUGUGGCUGAGGCCGCUGCAAUGAAAAAGGAGCUGGCGAGGAUCUCGGAGCGCCUGCAUGUGCUGGAGGAGCAGCACAAGGCCUGGAGAAAAGAGGAGCCCCUGGUGUACUCCAUGCUGCUCUCUGCCUGCCUCGUCAACACCUGGCUCUGGCUGUGGAGAUGACUCUGUGCCUUGGUAUCCUUUAGGAUCCAAAGUGGAAUCAUGAAGUCCCAGAGCUGGACUUGUGUUUGGUGUAUAGUAGCAAUUACAUAGUGUGCUUGAUGGGGUCAGUGGUCAUGUGGGAAGCUGCUGUGAAAAGCUCAAGCCUCAUAAGAAGUUUGUGAAUGACACAGUAGGUGUUUGUCCUGCACAGGUCAAUGGGAGAGCUUCUGCUGUGUAUUGGAGGAGGCACAAAGCCAAGUGUUAGGUCUCUCUGGACAUAAGGUCCUGUUACAGUCUUAGGCCAUGGUUGAGCUGGCUCCUGUCAUGCUGGAGACACUCAGCAGUGAGUUUUUAAGUGCUCAGAUCCCAAGUGGCUGUAAGAGCACUGCUGAGCUCUGGGCUUAUCCAGGAGCUUGGCUUUUUCCCAGGGUGAUUGUAAGACCUUGUAAUAACAGUGUAGGCAUCAGACAGAUCAUGGACGGUUGCCUGUUUGGGCAGCAGUGGGUAUCUGUGAGAUUGCCAGUGCCAGAGGGCAGGAUCACUCCCAGUCUACUGCCAAGUUGUAACCUCAGCAUGGUACAACUGCACAGGUGAGGGGAAUCCUUGGCUCAGGUGCCAAAAAACCAAGCCCAGUUCAACAGUUCUGCUGUUUCUUUCCUUCCUUGAUGUUUAGGAACACUUGGAUUCACAGUGAAUUGAGAUUCUCUUAGUGGUUCAUCCGAUGCAUCUGCUGGGGCAGGUGUUGGCAAUAGGACCUCUCUGUUCCACCUGUAAAUGAUUGUAGCUGGAUUUGCAAAUCACCCAGAUGUCCCAAUGGCUUAUUUACAGAUACGGAUGCUUAGCUGUUCCCUGCCUGCCACUGCAUCAAGCCUCCAUGGCUGUAAAUCUGGCAGCUGGACAUUUACUAAUAAAUAACUGUCCCACAAGUAAUUGCAGCUCUGAACCUGUGGCUGAUGAUCUGGGUUGAGGACAGCACUGGGAUUUACUGCAGGUGAAAGCAGGAUGGGGGCUGUGCUGCAGUGGGGUGUGUGUAAGGGAUGGGCUCCUAGCAUGGCUUAGGGAUGUGGACAGGCUGGAGAUAUGUGGAGGUGUGGUGAUCAGAUGGGAAUUGUUCCUGAAGGCUGAUUAUUGGCAGGUUGUAUUGGGUAGAAGGUGGGGUUUUUUUGUUCUAGUUUCAGCUGGGACAGAGCUGGCAAGUGGUCAGCAAUUGUACAUCACUUACUUUGUAAAUACAUAUUAUUAUCAUGACUGUUUUCCUUUUCUCUUCCUUUUCUGUCUCAGUAAAUAGCUUUUACCUCCACCUAUGAGUUUUACUGUUUCCUUUCCCUUGAUUCUCUCCCUCAUCCCACUGGGGGGAGGUUGUGAGCAAAGGGCUGUGUGUUGCUGAGCUGCUGCUGGGUCAAACCCCUACCCUGUGCCUAAGGCACAAGUCCUUCAUUAAAUGUAGAAACACUAAGCCACGAAGUGCAUAUUUUAAUAAACUCUGUGUGUGCUGGAUGUGUCUCCUGUGCCAUCUAAUCCUGGUGUGGGGUGGGUGAUGUUUUCCCCCUUGGCAGCAGGAUGCUGCCCUUGCUCCUCAGUGCAUCUGCAGUGCAGCUGCAGACUUCCUCCUUAGUUGUCCCAGGGCAGGCACACGUGGGAGGGCUGGGCCUCCCCUGGGGGGGCUGCCACAACAACAUGCUUAGAAGAAGAGGUGUCUCAUGCAGUCUGGCAAGGGAGGGAGGUGUGUGGCAUGCACCAAAGGGACAGAAGCAGCGAGACUCCUGGAGCUCCUGUGUUUUUGGAGCUGGCUGCAGGCAGGGAGCAAAAGGAGAGAGGUGGGAAGGGAAAGGAGCUGCUGUCACUGCUUCUGGGCUGUUCCUGCUUCUGUGGCAUGGAGAUAAGGGAAGGCAAUGUGUCCCUCCAGUGAUGCUAACUGAGGCUGAAGAAAUUCCUCAUCUCUUCAAGCUCAUUGCUGCCAGGAUUUCCAGUGAGAUGGGAAUGAGGCUUUGAAGGAAGAAAAGGUAAAGUUUUGGUGCUGAAUGGAGCCUGGAUGCUGGUGUUCUCAGAUCACACUUGCACGACGUGCUUGAAUCCGUGCCCAUGGAAAGGACUGACCCAACUUCAGUUGCUGCAUACAAUUGGAUGUGAGUAGGAAAGAACAAAAGUUAACCCCUUCCUUAUUUUCUUGGGGAUGCAAACGUUCUGCCAGCUGCUUGUCAGAAUGGCUCUGUGUGCACUACAAGGCAGACACCUGUGACAGGCGUAAUUCAUGAUCGUCAUCAAACUCUGCAGCUCUCUUCUCUGGGAUUCCUGAGAGGCAAAUGUGGCUUCCUGCUGUCUGAGACCAGGUAACUGGAUGGAGGGAGGGCUGGUGGGGAAGAAGGGGAUGCGUGGGAGGGAGCGGUGUCCCUCCUCCCCUUUCAUCCCUGAGUACAAAGCUGCUGUGGCUGACUACUCUGACGCACACUGUGCUGCCUGGGGCACUGAUGGAGCCCGGGGGACAGGAGUGUGCUGCAGUGAGGGGACACACACACACUGUGCAUCACCUGUCCUGGGCACUGUGGGGACACCUCUGCAGCCACGUGGCUCUGGUGUUUGCUGAUGGUCCCAUGAGAAGAUGCCCCCUGCCAACCUCUGCUAGUUUGCUGGAGGGCUCGAGGAACAUCAGGCUUGUCCCUGGGGCAGCUUGCUGGGAGGAUGAUGGCCAGGAGUAAUGGCCUGCAGCUGCCUGGCCCCUGCCCACCCCAACCAAGUAGAGUCAGGACUGAUGCGCAGAGCACGGAGCUCAGCAUGAGCAGGACCUGCUCAGCCCAGGAUGAGACCUUGGAGCUGCGCAGACGGACUCCAGAAUAUGGGGGGGCUCAGCCGGCUGCUCCCCCCUUCCAAGGCAGACAUGCCCUGGCCAGGAUUGUCAGGCUUGUGCUGGUGCUCCGGGAAUGGGCCAGCAAGAGCUUGAAGGAGGAGCAGCAGCAGCCAGACCCCUUCCUUGAGCGCUUCCAGGGCCCUGAGCUGCAGACAGUGCCUGCUGAUGCCAGCAUCGAUCCAGAGGAUGAGGAGGCCGAGGAGAAAAGCAAAAAGAAGAAAUGGCAGUCCUUUGUGGUGGACCCUGCCGGGGACUGGUAUUACCGCUGGCUGGCUGUCAUUGCUGUUCCUGUCCUCUACAACUGGUGCUUGCUUGUGGCCAGGGCUUGCUUCAGUGACCUGCAAAAGACUUACGUUGUCCUCUGGCUGGUGCUAGAUUACAUCUCGGACUGCAUCUACACUGUGGACAUAGUGAUCCGCCUGCGCACAGGUUUCUUGGAACAGGGCCUCCUGGUGAAAGACCCGAAGAAGUUACGGGAUAACUACAUCUACACCUUGCAGUUCAAGCUGGAUGUUCUCUCCAUCCUGCCCACAGACCUGGCGUACUUUGCUGUGGGACUGAACCGCCCUGAGCUGCGAUUCAACAGGCUGCUGCGCUUCUCCCGCAUGUUUGAGUUCUUUGACAGGACAGAGACCAGAACCAGCUACCCCAACAUCUUCCGCAUCAGUAACUUGGUUCUUUAUAUCAUGGUGAUCAUCCACUGGAAUGCGUGCAUUUACUAUGCCAUCUCCAAGGCCAUAGGCUUUGGAGAAGAUACCUGGGUCUAUCCCAAUGUCACAGACCCUGAAUACGGGUAUCUCACCCGGGAGUAUGUCUACUGUCUCUACUGGUCUACGCUGACUUUGACUACCAUUGGAGAGACCCCUCCUCCUGUGCGCGAUGAAGAAUACCUCUUUGUCAUCUUUGAUUUCCUCAUCGGCGUCCUCAUCUUUGCCACCAUUGUGGGGAACGUAGGGUCCAUGAUAUCCAACAUGAAUGCCACAAGAGCAGAGUUCCAGGCAAAAAUCGAUGCCAUUAAACACUACAUGCAGUUCCGCAAGGUGAGCAAAGACAUGGAAACCAAAGUCAUCAAGUGGUUUGAUUACCUGUGGACCAACAAGAAGGCAGUAGAUGAAAGGGAAGUUCUCAAGAGUCUCCCUGAUAAGCUAAGGGCAGAGAUUGCCAUCAAUGUUCACCUGGAGACACUGAAGAAGGUGAGGAUUUUCCAGGACUGUGAGGCAGGUCUAUUGGUGGAGCUGGUGCUGAAGCUUCGCCCUCAGGUGUUCAGUCCAGGGGAUUACGUUUGCCGGAAAGGAGAUAUUGGAAAAGAGAUGUACAUCAUCAAGGAAGGGAAGCUGGCUGUGGUGGCAGAUGAUGGAACGACACAAUAUGCUUUGCUCACUGCAGGGGGCUGCUUUGGUGAGAUCAGCAUCCUGAACAUUAAAGGGAGCAAAAUGGGCAACAGACGCACAGCCAACAUCCGUAGCUUGGGCUACUCUGAUCUUUUCUGCCUGUCAAAGGAAGAUCUGAUGGAAGCGGUCACAGAGUAUCCUGAUGCCAAAAAGGUCUUGGAGGAGCGAGGCCGGGAGAUCCUUAUCAAGGAAGGCUUGCUGGAUGAGUCAGCUGAAGAAGAAAGCAUGGAAGGGAAGAGUGUGGAAGAAAAGCUGGACAGACUGACCUUGAACCUGGACACACUUCACACUCGCCUUGGCCGGCUCUUGACAGAGUACAAUGAUGCCCAGAUGAAACUCAAGCAGCGCAUCACUGUUCUGGAGUCCCAAAUGAAGCAGCAGGAUCUGGAGGACUUCUUCUCAGAUAGCUCAGACAGUCUGUCUGAAGUUGAGGGUGAAGACACAUCUACUGGGUUGCAAUGAGAGGGUGCAGAUCUCAAAUAGAUGAUGUCUUGCCUUGUGCUGAGGCAGUUUCUAUUUCCCAUGGCAGCACCUUUGACUGCCUUGACAAGACUUCUCCCAUGUUCCUAGCAUUCCCUCCUGCUCUCCUGCUGCAGGGGUGGAGGGAUUUCCACUUGGACUAUAGAGGACUCAGAUAAUGCGUGCAGUGUGGAUGUGGAGACUGCUUCUUGUUGAAUGACAGUGCCUGUUGCACUGUGAGAGGAACGAAGAUUGCAGCAGCCUCUCAUCUAUCUAAUGAUGAUGGCUGGAUGUGCCAGGACGGGUAUGACUGAAAAUGACAUAUUUUUAAGCAGUGAUAGGACCCGACUGUGCCCAUAUUUGUUUUGCUGUCGGUAGCUCAGAAAGAGUGUAGAACACAUUCAUUUUCUUAGGCAGGAGGUUUUCAUGUAGUCGGUGGGAGUUUUGGGCCAGUUGCUGUCUGGAGGAGGAAUGGACAGUAGUCAUGGGGAUGAAUGUGCAAGGACAAAAGCCUUACACCAUCAUGGCCACCAGCAAAGCCCUGUGGGUCCAUGAUGCAAGCAGGUGAGAGUGGCCAUGCAACCCCUGCAAGCUCAGCACCAUCACUAGAGGCUUCUAAAGAGGAGAAAGCUUCUUAGAGAAGGGGAAAUUCACGUGCUGGGUCAAAUUCAACUAACGCAGUGGGAUGACAGAUGAGGGCAUGUCAAAGCAGAAAGGUUCAUGGUGGAAAAUGGAGAGCAUUUGCUUUGUCCUUUUCUUUCCAAAAUGAGCCUGACUUCCUUUAUUUUGGAUGAUGCUGUGAAAUGAAGUGGCCCUGCUUUGUUGUUGUUGCCUCAAUGAAAUCUGGGGGGCUUUCUGUCAGACCCAAGCUGACUGUGGUUGGAGAUGAACUGUCGUCUGCUCCGAUAUCCCCUUUCACCACCAAACCUUCAGCUCCCAGCUUCUCCUUCCGCCCGGACUGAGCGCCGUGGGCCACCCCGAGAACGGGGAGACGGGAGGGAGGCUGCGGCUGCUGCGAUGGUGCCGGGAGAGGGAGCUGUGAGCCGCGGAACCACCGCACGGCCCCGUACCGGCUGGCAGCGUGUCGGGUUUGUCUUUCCCUGCGCUGGAACAAGGUUUGCAGGGCGAUGCGAUGCGGGCAGCCCGGUGCGGUGCUUGCGCUCCUGCCCGCCCCGAAGCGGGGCAGCUCCUGCCUCCGGUUAGGGGAGACGCUCACAGCUCAGGGGGUAUCCUCGCUUUUUGCUGGGGAAAAAGAGAAAAGAAAAUCUUCCCUUCAACCCCCCCUCAGUUUUAAUCCGAGAUAAUAACCCACUCGGGAAACUUUAAGCCGUCAGACAAAUUACCCCGGAGGAUGGCUUUGCGAAUGCAGAGCAGAUCCCGCUUGUUUUCUCGAGGCAGCAAGCCAGGAAAUCACAGAUUGAUGAACCGCUUGAUGGGUCUGCUAAUGAAAUUAGCAGUAGCUCCGUGAUUCUUCCAGCGAGCCGACAGGCAGAUGCUGAAGAGAAGCGCACAGUGGCACAGCUGCACUGCUGGGCUGCCCACAUCCCCAGCAGAGAGGACACGGGGCAAAGCAGAUGCACCCUGGGGCUGCUCAUGGCAGGUGGCUGAAGUACGAACCUCUCCCUGUAAGGCUGUCCUGGAGAUGCCAAAGGCUGUGCGUGCUGGUUGGCACCAGGGAAGUAAAGCUGAGGGUCCCUUAAACUCUUUUGGCUGUAUUGUUAUCAAUAGUUCUGUUUCUGCUGGAUCUCUCCUAUUGAAAUAAAGAAAGAAAGUAAUCCCUUGUA